GCGAUGGCUUUCUACAAAGUGAUCUGUGUGGCGACUCUGCUGACUCUCCUGACACAAGAGUCUCACUCACAACUAAGUGUGUGUGGUCAGCCUCCGCUCAACACCAGGAUUGUUGGAGGACAGGUGGCCCCUGCAGGCAACUGGCCCUGGCAGGCCAGUCUGCAAAACUCUGGGACCCACUUCUGUGGAGGAACCCUCAUUAACAAUCAAUGGGUGCUGACUGCUGCUCAGUGCUGCGCAAGUUCAGGCGUAAGCACAAGCACUCUGGUUGUGUCUCUGGGUCUCCAGAGUCUACAGGGAUCAAACCCCAAUCAAGUGUCUCGGACAGUAUCACAGAUCAUCAUUCAUCCCAACUUUAACUCUGGAACUUUUGAUAACAACAUCUGCCUCCUGAAGCUCUCCUCACCCGUGACUUUCACCACCUACAUUCAGCCCGUCUGUCUGGCAGCCACAGGCAGCAACUUCUACAAGGGGACUGUCUCCUGGGCCACCGGCUGGGGCAAUGUUGGAUCUGGAGUGUCCCUUCCUUUCCCACAAAACCUAAUGGAGGUGCAGCAGCCGAUUGUAGGAAACAGAGAGUGUAACUGUAACUACGGAGUGGGUGUGGUCACAGACAACAUGAUGUGCACCGGGUUCAGUGCUGGAGGAAAGGGCAUCUGUCAGGGGGAUGGAGGAGGUCCGCUGGUGAGCAAGCAGGGCGGUCGCUGGAUCCAGUCGGGAAUCACUAGUUUUACCAGUAGUAGAGGCUGUGCCCAGCCUAAUCUCCCAUCAGGCUACACCCGAGUGUCCCAGUAUCAGUCCUGGAUCAACAGCCAGAUCACCAGCAACCAGCCAGGCUUCAUCACCUUUACCUCCGCUGGGACCGACGGUGACCUCAGCAUUACCUGCCCUGGCCUGCCACUAUCAAUACCCCAAGUUUGUGGUCAGCCAACACUCAACACCAAGAUUGUUGGAGGACAAGUGGCCUCUGCAGGCAGCUGGCCCUGGCAGGCCAGUCUGCAAACCUCUACAGGGUUCCACUUCUGUGGAGGAACCCUCAUUAACAAUCAAUGGGUGCUGACUGCUGCUAACUGCUUUGCAAGCACAGGCAUAACCACGAGCAAUCUGAUUGUGGUUCUGGGUCUCCAGAGUCUACAGGGAUCAAACCCCAAUCAAGCGUCUCGGAGAGUAUCACAGAUCAUCAUUCAUCCCAACUAUAACCCCCUAAAUUUGGAAAACGACCUCUGCCUCCUGAAGCUCUCCUCACCGGUAGCUUUCACUUCCUACAUCCAGCCCGUCUGUCUGGCCGCCCCGGGCAGCACCUACUACAAGGGGACUCUCUCCUGGGCCACCGGCUGGGGCAAAAUUGGAACUGGAGUGUCCCUUCCUUUCCCAGGAAACCUCAUGGAGGUGCAGCUGCCAAUUGUGGGGAACAGACAGUGUAGCUGUACCUAUGGAUUGAGCAUAGUCACAAGCAACAAGAUGUGCACCGGGUUGAGUGCUGGAGGAAGGGACAUCUGUCAGGGGGAUGGAGGAGGUCCACUGAUCAACAAGCAGGGCGGUCGCUGGAUCCAGGGGGGAAUCACGAGUUUUACCAGUAGUAGAGGCUGUGCCGUGCCGAAUAUCCCAUCAGGCUACACCCGAGUGUCCCAGUAUCAGUCCUGGAUCAACAGUCAGAUCACCAGCUUCCAGCCAGGCUACUUCCCCUACACGUCCACUGGGACUGACGGUGACCUCAGCAUCACCUGUUAAUCACCAAAAACCUACACCCUAACGGUGAUCUGGUGGUGCCUCCUCCAACAACAACUGCACCAGCACUGCUGCCACCAACAUACCAACUACCAGCGGGGGCGCUCCUGCUCACUCCCCCUUCUUCAAAUUCCUCAUCUCUGGAUGGCAUCUGCUUUUUCUCUAUAAUGAAGGGUGUAAAAUAAAAUGAAUAAAAAUGAAUUGUUUAAGCAGCACCGAACAAAUGUAGGUAUAUGUAUCCUGGCAUACCAGCGUGUCAAGGUUUUUGAAGGAUCCAGAUGUUACGCAAAGACAAAAUGAUGAUUUGUCCUUUACAUAAAACUUCCCCUUCAAAUAACUGAAAACAGGAUGGUGUUUAUUGAUUACAUUGCAGACAGGAUUAAACUCAUGCAGUUGUGGAGUUUCCUACAGUUGUUAACAAAUGGAUUCAAAAACUUAAGGAGCAUAUUUUAGAGGUCAGAGGAACACAUGUCCAUCAUCUACCUAUCUGAGCUAGUGUACCUUACUGUACAAUUAUAUCUAAAGUGAACAAGCAGCUUUUGCUCUAAAAAAUACUUAAACUGAACUUUACAUUGAUAAUAAUUCAGUUUGAAAGACAAAUGUCAAUAUUAAGUCUUGUCCUGUCCUGUAGAUGUGAAAGUGCUGAACUAUUAACCCCUUUGAUUUUUUUUAUCACCAUAACCUGGUUUUUAAUUAACUGAAAUCCUUUCUGUCGGCUUUGAGCACAUGUAUGAACUCAACUCAUGCAGUCUAAUCCAAAUGUCC